UAUUUUUAGGAAAAAUCACCCAAAAACUUUAGUACUGUGAACAUGUCAUCGAGCCAUUAACUAAAUUGCUACCAUGUAAGAGUAUGUUUUGUAUGGAUGAAUGAACUGAAUGUAACUACGUCGCAAAGUACAUUUGCGAUAAAAAAAAAGUCGAUACAUAGCGCCGAAGCGCCAUGGCGCAAAAUCAGUAGGCCCUCUAGCGUCUUGGUUGUAACACGUGUGUUGCCGUUUAGUUAAUAAUAGCGGGCUCUAUUCAAAUCCAUUCAAAGGAUUUUAUAGUAAAAAUAAUAAAAGUAAUACGGCAGUGUAAUCCAUUUGACGAUCAGUUUAAUUCUGCUUAUUGUACCUAAAGAUGGAUAUAAAGAGGGAUUACCGAUAUUAUGUUGUGGAAUUUUUGGAUCCGCCAUACUGUGACAUCGAUCAAUAUGUUUGCAUUCCGGAUUCUUGGAUUCAGUUACGUGAAAUAGUGGAUCAAGCAGUUGUUACUAAAUUUCCCGUUGAAAAUUUAUCAAUAACAAAAAAACGUGUUGAAGAUGGUGAGGUUUUCUCAGAUGUUUGGUCAAUUUACGUGGCCGAAGUUAAAUAUGGCACUGAUUCUUACGAAGACGCAGAAAAAUACAUCAAAACACUCACAGAAAAAUUAAUUAACAAACAAAGCUGUUCAGGGCCGGUCAAUAAUGACGAUGGUGUGUCGAAGAUAUUGAAAAGCUUACGAAGGUCCAAGCGAAUUCAGUCAAAUCUAAGUGUAAACAAACCUCAAGUAUCUGAAGCUCCAUCAAACUAUAACAUAGAACCCGAAUCAGAACAGCUAGCAGCGAUCAGUACAAAAAUCGCAACUCAUAAAAAACAUACCAAUGGAGUUGAGACUAUUAACUCUGAUAAUGAGGUCGUAAAACAGACGGAUACCUUAUCUGAAUCAUUAAAUGGCGAACAGCUAUUAUUAAAUACGGAACAUUAUCUGUAUGAAGUUACCGGUAGACAAGAAAACAACGAUGAAACAUUAAAUAAUGUUGAUUCCAUUGAAAAUGAUAAUGGUGCACAAGGCAUAGCAAGAAAUGAAUCACCAGCGAAUCAUGAUGGCCCGCAAUUAACAAAUGGAUCAUUGGAUGCUAUAAUAAUUCGCGAACCAAUUUCGGAUACUGGCAACCCAGGUCAGAUUAAAAACGCCAGUGACUUUCAUUUUGAAGAACGCUUAUUAUUCCUUGAUCAUACGUACGAUGAACUUGUUCAACACUGUACGUACUUAGAAAAACUGAUGGAUGGUAUAAAUAAUCGACAUUAUAGUGGAAGUUAUAAUCCUUUGAAUACUACAAUAAAAGAUACGGUAGCUCCGGUGGUAGAAGAGAUAGAACGUGAAGAAAAAGAAAUUGGAAAAAAAAGACAAGUGCUAAAACGAACACAAGCUGAAAUAGGAAUUAUCAAAAGAAGAGAAACCGAAAGAAACGAACAAGAAAUUGAUGAUAGUGCUGAUAAUGAUGGUGAGGAUGAUGAUGAUAAUGAUGAUGAAAAUGAUGCCGAUAAUGAUGAUGGUGAUGACUAUGUGAAAAGAAAACGAUUUCAAUCUCGCACACUUACUUUACCACCUGAAUAUGAUAAAAAUGACUCAAAAUGGACUUUGAGGUAUCAUGAGUACGCACCAGGGCUUGUUGAACUUAUAGAACAUACAGGCGUGUAUAUCAAUGCUGUUAAACUCGUCAAUUGUAAAAGACUAGCCAAAAAUUCCAAAACACUAGCACGAUUAUUGUUAGUAGAAAUUUUUACAGAGAGUGCGUUGUAUACAUGUUCCUUAACUGGCGUUAGAGCUAAGGCAUUCGAUAUUGAUGGGACACAUGUAAGGCCUGGAUUGGAUGAAAAUGCAAGAACUGUUUUAUUGACUUACGUUGAACAGUAUGCCCAAGCCAGUAAGUGGCCUAAAACAGCCAAUCAGUCUAUUUUAAACAGUAUACGUAAUAAAAUGCAAGAAAUUAGAUUCAAAUGUAAUAAAUGAAUGUAUUUAUAGAUUAUAUCAAUAUUUUAUUGUUACAAAAGCUUACGGGUAUUAGUAUUAGUUUAUUUAAUCAAUUUUCAAGGAUUCAUUAGCGUAAGUUGAUAAGAUUUUUCCGCCUACUAAUUGACGUGUAUCAUAUUAUACAUGGAAAUAUAAGAAUCAUAAUAUAUUGUGUUUUUUUCCUCCUCAUUUUACUCUAACCACUAAUUAAUACUCGAAAUAAGUCUAAUCAUCCUUAAAUGGAAUUAAUCAGCAGCUGCCAUUCCACUCAACUGUCGAGCCAAUUGAGAAUGAAAUUACAUAAAACUUUGCUCCUCAUUCGACUCUCAGUGCUGUAUAGUUAUCAGACAAACACUCUAAAACCAAGUGUGUUACGAGUGUAUUAUUUUAACACAUAUUGAAUGUGUUCUAUGUUUAAGGCCAUAAACAAAACUAUAGUUUUUUGUUGUCACUUGAAACACGUUUCACGGUGUAUUAAUAAAAAUCUAUAGAUUGCUUAUGGCGUUUCAAUGUUAUUCGGCAAGUGUGUUAAUUUCGACUUUAUACACACCUGGUUUCAGAGUGAAAUACUAUUAGCUGUAUGUAUAAAAUAUUUAUUGGUGCGCAUCGUUUAAUAGAUAUGAUUUC